AUGAAGAUGGUUCUAAUAGUAGGUCUUAUGUUAUCAAUUUGCAAUUCUAUACCAAAGAAGAAUAUGAAAGUGAAUAUGAUAUUUCUCAAGCUCAAUUGGAAGAUGUCAUCACUAGUAAUUUCUUGCGUCAAUUGGAAUCCCAAAUUGUUAAAGAAGUUAAGAAACAAAAAAGACCAGAUCAUUUGCCAACUGUUGGUAAAUCUGCUGGUAAAACAGAUAUGGAAACUGUUUCUGGUAAGAUUCAAGAAGUUCGUGAUGAACAUGAUGAUGAAGAAGAAAUUGAUGAAGAUCAUGAUGAAGAACAAGCUAAACAAAAUGUCAAACAACAAGUUUCAUAUGAAGGUCCAGAUGAUGAUGAAAUUGAAACUAUGA